AGUUCCUAGCCUCUCAUAAGACGACAGAAUCUGAACUUUGCUGCCCAAGAUCGAAACUUUACGCAAACGGCCGACCUGGGUUAAUCAUAAAACAUCUUAACUCUUUCUGAUCCAGUCCAACUCCCAGGAAAAGCUAGCAAUAUUGAAAGGGUUCUCUCAUUUUCACUUCUUUGUUCAGGCCUAGUUUUAAUGCAGUUUGAUGCUGACAAAGGGGAUGUUUUGGGGAUGGCUGUGGCUAACAAAACCCGAAACAUGCUUGAGGGUCUGGUGAAGGAGGGCUCCUUCAAAUGGUUAACAAGAACCCGGAGUGCAUAUGAUGAAGCGAUUGAGGAGAUGGGACGGUCUCCAUCAGCGGGGAAGAAUUGGUUGCCAGACCUCUCUCCUGUGGCAAAUGUGGUGGUCCGUAGAUGCUCAAAAAUCCUUGGUGUUGCUAUGGAGCAGCUCAAAGAAAAUUUUGAUGAAGUGGCUUCUGGUGCUUUAAAACAUCCAUCUCAGUAUGCACGUAACUUUUUGGAGUACAGUAGCUUCAGGGCUCUUGCCUUGUCCACUCAAGUUGCUGGUUAUUUGGAAGACAAAAAAUUUCGCCGACUUACAUUUGAUAUGAUGGUUGCAUGGGAGAUUCCUGCAGCUGGCAGCCAACCAGUUCUUAAUAUGGAUGAGGAUGUUUCAGUAGCCUUGGAGGCUUUUUCUCGAAUUGCUCCUGCAGUCCCCAUCAUUGCCGAUGUCAUUGUUAGUCAUAAGCUUUUUCAAGUGCUUACUGCCUCAAGUGGUGGUAGGCUGCAUUUCUCGGUCUAUGAUAAGUACCUAGGUGCAUUGGCAAGGGCAGUAAGAAAAUUAAAAACCCAAUCUGAGUCCUCACUCCUUUCUGCCGUACGAUCUGCUAGAGGUGAGAAGAUCCUGGACGUGGAUGGCACAGUGACAGGGCAACCAGUUCUUGAACAUGUGGGAAUUUCCGCAUGGCCUGGUCGAUUAACUCUGACCGAUCAGGCUCUCUACUUUGAAGCUCUUCGUGUUGUCUCUUAUGAUAAGGCAAAAGUAUAUGAUCUAUCUGAUGAUUUAAACCAGGUUGUUAGACCUGAGCUUACAGGACCAUUGGGAACCCGACUCUUCGACAAGGCAGUGUUGUACAAGUCAACUUUCAUAUCAGAACCAGUUAUUAUGGAGUUUCCUGAGCUUAAGGGACAUACACGGCGUGAUUACUGGCUUGCCAUUAUUCGAGAAGUUCUCUAUGUCCAAAGGUUUAUCCACAAAUUCCAAAUCACUGGAAUUCAGCGGGAUGAAGCUCUUCUGAAAGCUGUAUUUGGAAUCCUGCGAGUACAAGCCCUGAAAGAAAUGAGUUCAACUAUCCCUCUUUGUUUCGAUACCCUUCUCAUGUUCAACAUAUGCGAUCAACUCCCUGGGCGGGACCUCAUACUGGAAACUCUUGCUAACAUGUCAACCAUGAGGGAACUAGAUCGAAUUAACUCUGGUAGUCCUAGAGGUGGAAUGUACUCUGCUUCAGCUUCGACCAUGGCUAAUACACUGGACUUUAUGUUUGGAACAGGUUCUACUGUUCCUAGUCCAGCAGGACUUCUUGUUGGUGAAAUUGCAGUAGGUGAAACCACUCCAUUGGAGAAAGCAGUAAUGGAAUCUAGAAGCAGCUACAAAAAAGUGGUACAAGCACAAGCUACUGUUGAUGGAGUUAGAGUUGACGGAAUCGACACCAACUUGGCAGUCAUGAUGGAGUUGCUAUUUCCUAUUGUGGAAUUUGCAAAUUGGCUUCAGUCUUUGGCAUACUGGGAAGACCCUUUGAAAUCAAUGGCAUUCUGUAUGGCUUUUGCAUAUAUUAUUUGCCGGGGAUGGCUGGGCUAUAUGUUUGCAUUACUACUCAUCUUUUUGGCAGUUUUUUUGGUACUAACUCACUGGUUUAGCCGAGGCAGGCCAACCGAUGAACUCAGGAUAAUAGCUCCACCUGCAAAAAAUGCCAUGGAGCAGCUUUUGGCUGUUCAGAACGCCGUAUCACAAGUAGAAGAGCUGAUCCAGGAUGGGAAUGUUGUUCUUCUUAAGAUACGCGGCUUGGUUUUGUCCAUUUUUCCACAGGCAAGUGAGAAAUUUGCGGGUGCUCUAGUUGUCAUGGCUCUACUGCUAGCACUCUUACCCGCUAAAUAUAUAGUAUUGCUGGCCUUUCUGGAACUCUUUACAAGAUAUUCACCUCUUCGAAAAGCUAGCACAGAAAGAUGGGCAAGAAGAUUCAGAGAAUGGUGGUUCAGCAUACCAGCUGCUCCUGUACUUCUUGAAAGAUCUAAAGAAGACAAAAAGAAGAAGUAAAAUAGAGUUUGUAUAUAUAGUUAGCAUUAAUCUGAUUGUUUGUUGCCAUGUCCCGAGAACAUCUCUCGGACUGUAAAGGUGUACAAGAAGAAAAAGAUAUAAAAGUAAAUUUGUUUGCCAUGGUAA